AUGGUCGAGGCCUCCAUCUUGAACCAUAAUGACAUGGCCAUGGACCCGGUCGCUAAGUCAGAACCCCUAAACGAAGGCUCGAUCAGCUCAGCCGUGUCGACGCCGGAUCCUGAGGGAGAGGUCUUGACGACUCAAGACGUCGCCCAGACGCAGAAGCGAAAGGGUGGAAGAAAACCUAUCUAUGCAACCUCGGAAGAGCGUAAGCAGCGCAAUCGCCAGGCCCAGGCGGCCUUCCGCGAGCGUCGCACAGAGUACAUCCGUCAGCUCGAGUCCACCAUCAAGCGUAAUGAAGAGUCCCUGCAGACCCUGCAGCAGAAUCAUCGCACUGCCGCAGAUGAGUGCUUGAUGCUGCGUUACAAGAACUCUCUUCUCGAACGCAUCCUCCUUGAAAAGGGAAUCGAUGUGCAGGCGGAACUGCGCUUGAAGGCCGGGACCCCCAAUGGCCCAGGUAAACCCAGCCCUAUCACUACCAAGCCCCCAUCCCUGCAACAAGCUGCGAUCAGCCGAAGCUCGGCCCAGCGACAUCCCAGUGGCCUUGCCCCCAAGGAACCUUUCAGUGUCCCUCAGUCGCGGGAUGGCGGCUUCGGUAUCCCGUCGCCUCAGUUUCAAGCUACACCUCCCUCCCAUGUCUCGUCACCGUCCCACGCCAAGUCCCCCGGCUAUGGGUUCCAGGGAGCUUUGUCGCCUGCCGGUGUCGACGCCCAAGCACAGCGAUCUCAAAUGAUUUCUCACUCGAGAAACAUCAGCCAAACUUCUCCACCGAUGAGCGUUGGCCAACCUGAGCCGACCGAACCGAAAUCAGCUACGUCAGCUACCAUGGGUUCUCGAGGUCCUCGCCUUCCUUCUGCAUACUACCCAUCGCCAUUCCAAAAACAUUAUGAUCAAUUAGAACAAGAAUAUGAUGCACAAGCGGACAUGAUUGAUGAUGAGCACGAAUCAUCCGUAGGCACUUCGCCUUUCGUUUCUGGGUAUAACCCACCGAGCUCGGCUUCGAAUGCCUCUCAUCCCAUGAAUCCCCACGGUAUGAACACUUACAGCCACCCUCCUGGUGAUGCUGUCAACGGAGCAUAUGGCAAUACGAAUGCCAUGAUGGGAAACUACGAGCCGAUGCUAGACGCCGACCCGUUUGGACUGAGCGCCAGCAUGCAUUUCCAGACCCCAUUCAGCUACGAGCAAAGUAAUGCACGUCAAUGA